AUGUCUCGCAUCAUCUCUCACCCUCAGAAUGCCCUUCAAGCAAAGGACUUCACCAGCGCUACUUCUUUGUCGUUCCCCGGCGGGGCCGGUGACCUCACUCCCCCAUCUUCGGAUGUCGAGAGCCAGAAGCAGCAAGGUGAUAACCACGAAGGCGAUGACAACACUUCUGGCCCUGUCGCUACUCCCGCGACUCCGGCUGCCACUCCUAAUGGUACACCGUCAGUUAGCGGGAUUGUUCCUACACUGCAAAACAUCGUCGCAACCGUCAAUCUAGAUUGCCGAUUGGAUCUCAAGACGAUUGCGUUGCAUGCUAGGAACGCAGAGUACAAUCCUAAGCGUUUUGCUGCUGUGAUUAUGCGUAUCCGCGAACCUAAGACCACGGCGUUGAUCUUCGCCUCGGGCAAGAUGGUUGUCACUGGUGCGAAGUCUGAAGAUGAUUCCAAGCUUGCGUCCCGCAAGUACGCACGUAUCAUCCAGAAGCUUGGUUUCAAUGCCAAGUUCACCGAUUUCAAGAUUCAAAACAUCGUUGGAUCUUGCGACAUCAAAUUCCCCAUUCGUCUUGAAGGUCUUGCCUCCCGCCAUCACCACUUUAGCUCCUACGAGCCUGAGUUGUUCCCGGGAUUGAUCUACAGAAUGAUCAAGCCAAAGAUCGUUCUCUUGAUCUUUGUCAGUGGCAAGAUUGUCUUGACGGGCGCGAAGGUCCGUGAAGAGAUUUACAUCGCCUUUGAGUCCAUAUACCCUGUGUUGAACGACUUCCGUAAAGUCUGA